CCCGUGCGCACUACACGCUCACACGCGCGCGCAUAGACCUGUCAAAAUCUGACAGCGCCGAAUCGAACGAAACGUAAUUGUCAAAAUCGGUUGCGUUUAAAAAUGGAACGGAUGACUAGUAAUCGUUUCUGCGUUGAUCUGACUUGAUGCUAAUUGCCAGUAUUUUUCAUAUUUUUAUCGGACCUUUUUAGAAAUAUUUUGAACUAUUUUUGUAUAUAUUAGUGCGAAUGUGAGUAGACAUGGAACGGAUUGAAGUGUCAUUUUUUAACAAUGAUAAAUAAACAUGUGUUAGAGUGUUCCGAAUUCGGUGCUAAAUACUUUGUAAGGUCUGCUUAAUUUUGUUUAGUCAGUUAUGUGGUUACAAGGGCGUGAAUUUUGACUCGUUAGAAGUGUGAACUGAAAACGUGUAAACUAUUGAAAAUUUGUUAAAAUAUUUGUACGGUAAUUAUCAUUAUACGCUGAAAGGAUUACACUGCCGUUAAUUAUUUAUAAUCGGUGUUACAGCGUGGCUAACUGGAGGGGGUCGCGCGCUAAUGAUGACAACUGUGGAGGCGCGAGGGGACGCCACUCAGAGCGUGCCACAGUCACAAUUGCCUCGUCAUCAUGUUCACAAGGUUCGAUCAAGGCAAAUCAACGAAAGGCGCGAGCAAACUUCGGCGCGACCUCAUCAACGCAGAGAUUGCCAACCUUCGGGACCUUCUACCCCUCCCUCCCUCCACUCGACAAAGACUAUCGCAGCUCCAACUGAUGGCGCUCGUGUGCGUUUACGUGAGGAAAUCGAAUUACUUUCAACAAGUUUUCAAACGCUUUGAUAUCAACCAACAGUCUUCAAACGCUCCUAACUUCGGAUUCUCGAAGGCACUAAACGGCUUCUUAAUGAUGAUGACUCAGAAUGGGAAACUGCUGUACAUAUCAGACAACGCAGCUGAAUAUCUUGGACAUUCCAUGGAGGACCUUUUAAUUCACGGCGACAGUGUAUACGACGUGAUCGACAAACAAGACCAGCAGGCCGUAAGGUCGGAGCUGUCGAGAGCUCCGACCGAUGGCGAAGACAGAGUAUUCUUGUGUCGGAUGAAUGUCGCGAGAAAUGCCCGAAGACAAAUGCGUUUUGGAGAUCAAAAGGUGGUGCUAGUACGAGGUCACUACGUGUCUUAUUUGCCGCUCUGUAGUCGCAACGAGCCGGUGUUCCUCGCAGCCUGCACCCCUCUCGCCAUGCCGGAGACGCGAGAGUGCGUUGUGCAUGGCGCCACCAAUGUGUUCACGACCGUCCACGCGAUGGACAUGAAGAUACUUCAUAUUGAUUCCAAUAGCGAGUGGCAUCUCGGGUGGGAGCGAAGUUCGCUGCACGGUGUCAGCUGGUAUCAUCUCCUGCAUCCAGAUUGUAUUAAGGAAGCUCAAAACAAACAUCGAUUAAUAACGCAAUCGGAGCAGGAACGAUCAUGCAUCGCCCUGCUGCGCCUGCAGCGACGUUGCGGACAAUUUCUAUGGGUGCAUGCGGUGCUGCAACUCAAAGACAACCUAGAGAAUUCGCAGCGCCCUGUCAUUGUGUGCACUAACCAGGUGUUGAGUGAACAGGAAGCAGCAGUGAUGAAAGCAAAUCCAUGGCUAUACCAUUAUUACGCAGUGCAAUCGAAACUGCAUUAUGGUUUAGCAUAUGAAGCAGCUACCAGAAUGUAUGGUCCACCGCCGCCUGAUAUACCAGUAUAUCCGACUACUAUGCAAUACGCGCCAACACCACCAGUCUGUAUAAAUGGAAAUCAAGCAGUCAUGAUGCCGAAUUCGAGCCUACAGCCUCAUAUACCGCACGUGCCGCCACACUUAACACCAAUACAUUACGCUUAUGAAAGGCAUGACAACGGUCCAGUUGAUUAUUCGGUGUCACUUCAUGAGAACAGAUACCAUAAUUUAAGGAUUGAUGAAUCACGAUCACAACCUAGUGCUAAAAGGAAAGCAAAACAAUCGGACGAUAAAACACCCAUUGCUAAUUUGUCUCCACGUUUCUCUGCGUCCAAUAUUGGAGGUGAUACCUUGGUAGCAAUAGCAGCAACGUCUAUAACCAAUCGAAGGCCAGGAUCAAAGAAUUUUAGCUUAACCGAAACGGAAAUGAUCGAUCAAUGGAAUCCUAGUCCAACUUGGUCCGAAUCGGCAUUACAAAAAGUUCCCGAUGUUUGUCACCAAGAUUUAAGUCCAUACGUUACAACUACACCACCAACACCUUCUGGUACGCCGUCGGCAUAUACGCAGAAUUAUAGUCAUACAUUUGUGUUUGAUUGGUCACCAGAACAAUACGUUCCUCAUACUAACAAUAGAUGUAGCACAGUAACAACGGAAAGUUCCUAUCAGCAAACUUGGAAUAGAAAUCAAAGAAUGACAUUCGCUAAUAGUAAUGAUAACUCAAUCGAUGAAAAUUGUAAUCCUAAUAGAAUAAGCUUACCUAUGAGGGUCAGCCGAACGCCGCCAGAACAUAAUUCACUAAGGGAAGGAGAAACUCUUCGAAGGCAAAUGGAUCGUCCGCAUCCAGAUUCACCGGGUGCCAAAAAGCCUGCGUUAUAACUAGUGUUUUCAAAUUAUAGUAUAGAUUAAUAUAUUGUUACCUUAUACUCUUAGUUAUUUAAACUACCCACAUAUGAGGUAAAAGUUCUGGAACUCUCCUGUGAUCUAUGUGUUUUUAAGAUUAUUGUAAUAUAGUGUAGACACUGUACAAACUUAAUGUCACAUAAAAUGUGAGUAAUAGCGUAAAUUAUGUAUAUUUUAUGUAAA